UACGCAUCAGACUGGUCCCCUGCGCACUUCUUGGAUGGGAACCUAAAUCGGACAGGGAACCAGAUUACUGUACGCAUGCGCUGUCAAAUUGGAGACAAUCAGAAUGGCGGAAAAUAGCCCCGGAUAAUAUUUUCUCAAAAUUUGAAGAAAUUGCGGUAAUCUUAAAGGGUGAUAACAUGGCAUCUUCCUACAACAAUUCCUCUGAGGAACAAACAGAACUACGCAGACUUCACAUUAAACUUAUCUCUGAAAUUAACGAUAAUUUAGAUAAAAAAAGCAUAGAGUAUGAAAAAUUAUUUUUUCAUUUCGGAACUUAUGUGCCUCGAGGAUUAAUUGCCAAUAAAUCAAGUCUAGAUAAAUUUGAAACUUUAUGCACCAGAAACAUCAUUACACCAGGAGAAAAUUAUGAAAAAUUGAAACAGAUAUGUCGAGACAGUGGAAAUGAUACUCAUGUAAAUACAAUAGAAAAAUAUGAAAAGGAAAUGGAAAAAGUUCGAUCUCGACAUAGAUAUACAGGUAUGUACGAAUAGAAAUUCAAGUUUAUCUGAAAGAA